AUGGUGCGCUCCACUCAAAUUACCACCACCGUGCGUCACAUGAGCGGGAUUUCAACUGGACUUGUGGCUUUGACCGACUGCACUUCCCGGACAGAGAAAGUGCCCACGGAAGGAAGACCCCAGGCACACGGGGCCCUCUCGGACAGCGCGGCCUCGGCCACUGUGCAGAGUCGGGGGUCGCCGCUGCCCGCUCACCUGUCCCUCUACCCCCGGGCGCGGGGUCGCGCCCGCCCGCCGGCAGGGACGCACACCGGAACGGCGGCGCGGCACGCUCCCACGGAGCAGCGCAGGAGCCGGGGCGACGGACUCGCCCCUAGACAGGAGGCCAGGCCUGCCCCUAUCCUGCCCGGCCGCCCGCCCAUCAGCCCCCACCGGGGAGCAGGUGGGCGACCGGGACGGCCGGUGCAGCGGAGCCCGUGCCGGCAUUUCCCCCGCCUCCGCCGCGCCGGCGGGGACGGCCGCCCUCUGCCCACACGCCCGGAGCCCCUCGGCAGUCGUCCUCCGUUUACCUCCUCGCCACCGCCGCUGCUCUCCUCCGUGCCGUUUCCUACGCUCGCCAUGUUCCCUCUCCGCUGCCCGCCGCGAGAGAUCUCUGCGGCCGACGCGCCCCGUCCACUGCUCACAGCCCAGCGGCGGUGCCGCCCCUCGCCCUUCCUGGCCGCCCCCGCUCGAUCCGGCCGGGUCUGGCCCGGCCCCGCUGCUCCUGCCCGGUUCGUCCGGGGCCGCGUUCACCGCCUCCUCCCGCCCCGGCCGCCCCGCGGCUCCGGCGGCCGCGCCCCCUCGUUUGCAUGGCAGGACCCGCCCCCGCCGGUCGCGCCCCGCUGGCCGUUGGCGUCCGCCGCCUGCACACCGCCCUCGCUGUCUUUCGGCCCGGGAGAUACGGCAUGUCCCGGGGCCGCCGGGCCCGGGGGCGGUCGGAGAGUGCGGUUGGACAGGUCGGAACAAGCGGAGCGUCGUCCCAAACUCAUGCCGAGGUCCCCAUCCUGCCUUCGUCCUGCAGCUCUGCUUCCAGCCGCACAGCGGCUUCGCGCCACCGUGACCGGCUUGACUGAUGGAGGUGCCGCAAAGCUUCUCGCAGUCGUUCCCGGGGUGUCCUUCCAGUUCCCGGGUUACCUGAGUGGCAGCACGGGCUGGUUCACGUCACCUGACCCAGCGGUGGCGGACUGGCGCUUCGUGCCGGGCGGCAGCAGCCUCUGCCGGGAUAUGCCGCGCCGCGCGGCCGGCUGCUCCAGGGAAGGGCAGCGCGGGCUGCGCUCGUGUCCGGAGGGACCUCCUGCACUGCGAGCAGACCCGGCCGCUGCCAUGUUGUCAGUGAGCCACAGGUAUUCAGUAUCUGAUGUCCGGGAAAAACUUGCACUUGCAGUCCUUCAGCUCCCAGUGGCCUGGGGAAGAACGGCUUCAUCAUCGUGCUGGGUAUCACUUGCAAAGAAAAUUCACCAAGCAGCCAGCUCUCUGAGAACUGCUAGACUCCCCCACCUUGCUUUGUCCUGUCUUUAG